AUGUUGUUCAGUAGUAUAAAGGAGUGCAAGUUGGCUAUCACAAAUUAUAGUGUAAGACAGGGCAGACCACGUAAAUUUAUGAAGCAGGACAAAAUAAGAUUGAGCGCUAAGUGUAAAAGUGAAGGGUGUGACUGGCUUAUUUAUGCUGGAAAAUUGGGUGGGGAAGGUAGUGUGCAAAUCAAGACAUUUGAGGACACUCACAAAUGUGGUUUCACCUAUGACAAUCCACUUGUAAAUUCUGGAUGGGUUAGCAGAAAGUAUAUUGAGGAGUUUAGGACUAAUCCUAAGGUAGAUAUGGAGUACUUUAGAAAGACUGUAAUGAAGGAUAAUAAGUGCUCUUUCUCCAAAAAACAAACAUAUAGGGUCAGAAGAAAGGCUAUGAAGUUUAUUCAUGGGAGUGAAAUUGACCAAUAUAGUAAGCUAGGAGCAUACAUGCAUGAAAUUCAGAAAUCCAACCCUGGAAGCUCCAUUAUAUCGAAAAUUGUGGAUGGAUCUACAAGUACACCAACACAGCAGCAAAGGUUCCAAAGGCCUUUGAUUAGAGUAGAUGGUACAUUCUUGAAAGGGUCAGUUGGGGGAGUUCUAUUGAUAGCUGUUGGAUUAGAUGCUAAUAAUAGCAUUUAUCCAAUUGCAUAUGUUGUAACAAAGGUAGAAAAUAAGGAAUCUUGGGCAUGGUUCUUCAAAUUACUCAAAGAAGACUUGAAAAUUGAACGGGAUUAUGAGUGGACUAUCAUGAGUGACAAGCAAAAGGGGCUGAUUCAGGCAUGUGACAGUGUUUUUCCAAAUGUAGCUCAUAGGUUUUGUGUGAAACACCUGCAUGGCAACUUUUCAUCUGCUGGAUUCAAAGGAGAAGGUCUGAGAAAAGCCUUAUGGGCUGCUGCAAAGGCAACUACUGCAGCAGAAUUUGCCAGCAGAAUGGAAGAAAUGGAAGCAAUUGACAUACAUGCAACCAAGUGGUUUGAUGAUAAACCUCUAUCUCAAUAG